UCCCUGCAGGUCUCUCUAGGAAGGAACCUGUGGGUGAGAGAACGAGGCCAGGAGGUACUCCAGGAGGCUGUAAGUUUAGCAGGCCUCCCAGAACACUGAUGUAGGAGGCUUGUUCUAUUAAGUCCCGGAAGCCCUUUUAUUUUUAUCUUUGGAAAGUGUGUGAAUACUUGUAAUGCUGCUUUGCUUCCCAAACUGGACAGUGAGUUAAACAGCAGCAGCAGAGCAACAAUAACAAGAAUAACUACAGACGCAGCAAAAGCUCUCAUCCUGGCCACCAUGGAGUUCCCCGAAAGAACUUAUCUUGUGACUGACAAAGCCACCAAGAUGUAUGCCUUCACACUAGACAGUGUGGAUCGCCAGCAGAAACCCUUGACUAAAGAUCACUGUUCUGGAGAGAAGCCAGAGGUGCUGGAGCCUGGAGCCAUCUAUCACUGUCACAGUAAUGCCAAGGCCACAGAGAACAGGGCAAGUGAGCAACUCUACGCCAAGUGGAAACUCUGGGCUGCUUCGGGAAUAUGCUUCGUCUUCAUGAUUGCAGAGGUUGUGGGUGGCCACAUUGCGGGGAGUCUUGCUGUCGUCACAGACGCUGCCCACCUCUUGAUUGACCUGACCAGUUUCCAGCUCAGCCUCUUCUCCCUGUGGCUGUCCUCCAAGCCUCCCUCCAAGCGGCUGACCUUUGGAUGGCACCGGGCAGAGAUCCUCGGUGCCCUGCUGUCCAUGCUGUGUGUCUGGGCAGUGACUGGUGUGUUGGUGUACCUGGCGUGUGAGCGCUUGCUGUACCCUGAUUACCAGAUCCAGGCCACCGUGAUGAUCAUCAUUUCAGGCUGUGCUGUGGCAGCCAACAUUGUAUUAAGUGUGAUUUUGCACCAGAGGCCUCCUGGCCACAGUCACAAGGAAGUGCAAGCUAAUGCCAGUGUCAGAGCAGCUUUUGUGCAUGCGCUGGGGGAUCUGUUUCAGAGCAUCAGUGUGUUAACCAGCGCACUCAUCAUCUACUUCAAGCCAGACUAUAAGAUGGCCGACUCAAUCUGCACAUUUGUGUUUUCUGUCCUGGUGUUGGCCAGUACCGUCACAGUCUUAAAGGACUUCUCCAUCUUACUCAUGGAAGGUGUGCCCAAGAACCUCAACUACAAUGCUGUGAAAGAGCUCAUCUUAGCGGUGGAUGGGGUGGUGUCUGUGCACAGCUUGCACAUCUGGUCUUUGACAACGAACCAGGUGAUUCUCUCGGCUCAUGUUGCUGCAGCAGCCAGCCGGGACAGCCAGAGCGUUCGGAGAGAGAUUGCUAAAGCCCUCAGCAAUAGCUUUCCUGUGCAUUCACUCACCGUUCAGAUGGAAUCUCCUGCCGACCAGGACCCCGGCUGCCUUUUCUGUGAAGAGCCCCAGGACUAGUUCAGUCAGACCAUCAGCUUCCUGAGUUGACAGGUCACUACGUGAUGCUCUGCAGUUCCUGGAACAUAAAAAAUAAGGAACCAAAGGAAGACGUUUGAGAAAUUGAUGAUACAGUACAAUGUGCAUAUUACACUUCUUUAUUUAGCUCCACCCACCAUGAAUGAGAUGCAUUUGGAUUCACUAAUCAAUACUGAUUAUCAUCAGUAGCUGUGUUCCAUUUCAGGAAUACAUGUGUGGGCCAUUCCUAACUGGGGCUGAAAUAACAACUGUUUGUAACUACAGGCCUUAAAAAGUGCAUCGCCCUUCAAUAGCACAGCCCAAGGAUGAGUGGGUCAAGAUGAACUAAGGGAAGUCUGAUCAGGAAUCUGUGGCAAGGAAAGAGUCACAACAAUUUCCCAAAACUGGAGAAAUAAAAAUAAGAAGAGUCAAGUCAAGGAUAAAGAGAAUCUGGAGGCCCAAUAGUUCAUAAGAACUUGACUAUCCCACCAGGUUGUAAUAUGAUUUAAGGCAAUUCUUUUGAAUCCCUUUCUAUCAACAUCACUAUUCACUAAAUGGGGUAGAAAUGCCCUCGCUCCAUCUUGCUUACAAAUUAUGUUGUACAGUGUCUGAAAUUAUUGCAUUAUAUUGUACUUCUCUGUAUAAAAAUUGUGGACAAAUGCAAAAUUAUAAAGUUUACUGCUUUUUGAGAGUUUUCAUAUGGUAGGACCUAUUAAUAAAAGA